UAUGAAUUCCAAAAAUAAAAACAACAAUAGUUCAAGUGAAGAUGAUGCUAAAGUUUAUGAGACUUUAACAAAAUUACCUCCAGCGAAUGAAUUAAUGCCACGAAAAUUGACUAUUGAUAUCGAUGUUAAAUCUUUAUAUCCCUUAAAGUGAGAAUUUAUUUUUCGAAAAGUCAAGACCUUUGCCUUAAUUCAAUCAGUUUUAUUCGACAUUCAUUGAAGAAAUUUAGAGUAUUCAAUAGCCUAUUGAAACAACAUAAUAUGAAGAGAGAACAUUACUUGAAUAUUUUGAAGAGAAUAAAUAAAAGUUGGUUUACAAACGAUUUGAUCAAUUAGAUUUAUCGAAACGAAGUCCUAACGAUAGAACAUAUUUUUCAACGCUAUUUGUUAAUUUUAAGAAGUUGAUUUAGCAUUAGAUUUAAUAGAUAAUAUCCACGAGUGUAUUUUCGAGGAGAUCCCCUAUUUGAUUAAAAGUUAAUGCCAUGUCAAAUUGAUUAAUUAAAGUUUGAUUCAAAUUUUGAAUCUGGUAAUUUAUUUUGUGCUUUCAAAAGAGAUGAGAAUGUGUAUGAUCUAAUCCUAUAAAAUGAUAUAAAUACUCGAGGCAAUACAUAAUGGUUUUUCUUUAGUGUAACUGGAGCAAAGGCAGGGUAAACAAUUUAAUUUAAUUUACUUAAUCAUGUAUGAUAAAUAAAUAAUACUAGCUUAAAAGCAACAGUUUAUUUAAUGAAGGACUAUAACCAGCUAUAUAUUCAGUAAAAGAGAAUGAAAUUGAUAAAAAAGAAUGGAGUAGAGGUGGAUUUAAUAUUAGUUACUUUAAGAGUUAAUUUAUAAAGGAAUAUCCAUAGACAAUGAGAUCUAAAUACUACUAAUUACGAUUCAGUUACACAUUUAAAUAUAAUAAUGAUAAGGUUUAUUUUGCACAUUCGUAUCCAUAUACUUAUAGUAAUUUAUUAGAAUUUUUAAAUUCUAUUCUUAUAAAUCCUGAAAAGAAUUAGCAUAUAACUAGAAAAUCAUUAUGUACAACAUUGGGUGGUAAUACAUGUGAAGUAUUAACAAUUACAUCAAAUUCUAUGUAAAGAAGAGCAUAUAGAAAAGGUGUAGUAUUUUUAGCUAGAUAGCAUCCUGGAGAACCAUAAGGAUCAUAUGUAAUGUAAGGAAUUAUUGAAUAUUUAACUUCUAAUAAUCCUUAAGCAGAAUAUUUAAGAUAGAAUUGCAUUUUUAAAAUAUUUCCUAUGAUGAAUAGUGAUGGAGUUGUUAAUGGAAAUUAUAGAUGUGGUUUAGAAGGAAGUGAUUUAAAUAGAAGAUGGAAAAAACCAAAUAAAUAUUUACAUCCAACUGUUUAUUAUGCUAAAAAAUAUAUUAAAGGAUUUAGUAAAGAAAGACAAAUCAUUUUAGUUAUUGAUUUACAUGGACAUUCAAGGAAAUAAUCAUCUUUUGUCUAUGGAUGUGCUUAUUCAUCUUAAGUUAAAACUAUAGAAAGGGUAUUCGCUUUACUUAUGGCUAAAAUGAAUCCUUUUAUGGAUUAUUCAUCUUGUACUUUUAGAGUUGAAAGUUCUAAGGAUAAAACUGCCAGAAUUCAAAUCUGGAGAGAACUUAAAAUUAAUUGGGUAUAUACUUAUGAAUGUAGUUUUUAUGGUCAAUAAAAAAAACAUUUUUAAAUCAAAGAUUAUAUUAAUUGUGGUAUUAGUAUCUGUAAUUCAUUAUCUUAAAUUGUUAAAGAUACUUCUAAAGAAUUUACAAAUUAAACUAAUAUUCCUGAUAUUCAAUAGUAAAUUCUUGAAGAAUUAGGAAAAAUGCCAUAAACUGAUGAUUAAGAUUAAGGAUCUGAUACCAGUUAAUCUGAUGCUGAAUUAUCUGAUGAUGAAAUUGUAUAAUUGUUUUAACCUAAAACUUAUUCACUCAAAUAAAAAAACUUUAUUAAAUAAUUAGAUACUAAAAAAAAAUAAAUCACUACCAAAUAAACCUUAGUCACUUAAAAAAAUAGUAUUUUAUAAGAAUCCCCAUCCAAAAACCAAUAAUAAUAAUAAGAUAAUAAACUUCCAUUGAGUACUUAAAAACCUAAAAAUAUUACCUACAGAAUUCCACCUCAUGUAAAAUUAAGAUAAAUUGAACCUAUUAAAGAAUAGUAAUUACCUAUAAUGGUUGAUAAAAGCUGUUAAACUGAUGAUUGGAUGUAUAGAUAAUGGUUAAUUCAAAUUGGAAAAUAAAAAAAAUAAGAAGAAUAUCUUAGUCAAACUCCCAAUAGAAAUAUUUAUAAGUCUUCAUCACAAUCAGCCACUAGAUUUAUUGUCAAAAACACAACAUCCAAAUUUGAUAGAGGAAGAGUUGAUUCCAUUUCCUUAGUUAAUUCAGCAAUUUAAAAAAGUAAUUUACAAUAUUUUACUUUUAGCUUCAUUUAGUUAAUAACGACAAAUCAUGAGAUAUUCAGGAAGUAACUUUAUGUAUUGA